AAUGCAGGGAGGAAAGGAGAAAACGGGGAAGGACAAGGGAGCGUUGGGGAAAUAGGAGGGAAGGGACCCCCCACUUGGGGAAGGGGACGGAGCUGCUUCGCGUGCUAGGAGACGCUCCCUGCCGGAUCCCUGGAGAGCCGCUGCCUGUCAGUGUCGACAGCACUGAGCUACAUGGACCCCAAUGGUCCGCUUCCGCAGAAGGGGCUUCCCAGGUUCCCUCCCUCCUUCCAUAGGCGAGCGGGCAGCGCAAUGGCUUCCGACGCACCGUCCGGAUCGUGUCUUCCUUGGGGCAGUGUGGAAAGAGGUGCUGGGCAGCCACUUCAGGCUCCCUUGACCUUUGAGGAGGUGGCUGUGUAUUUCUCCGAGGAGGAGUGGGCUCUGCUGGAUCCUGACCAGAGAGCCCUGCAUAGGGAAGUCAUGGAGGAGAAUUACAAGAUGGUGGCCUCACUGGGGUCAUACCUCUAUUCUUGUUGGGAAGAAGGAGAAGAUCCAGUGAUCCAGGAUCCCAAAGAAGAGGAGACAUCAGCAGGAGAUGAUGGGCAGAAGAAUGAGAAUUAUACAGAACCACAGAUGAUGUCAUUGGUAAUAGGCAAGUGUGAAGCACAAAAAGAGGAGUUUGGAAUUCAUGGGGGACCAAAAAAGUCUCAAACAAGCCAAUCAAAGAAUGGGAGGAAGAAAUCCACUACUUCCCAGAUUCUGCAUCGAAGAACCCACACAAGGGAGAAACCAUUUAAGUGCAUGGAUUGUGGAAAGAAGUUCAUUGUGAGUACGAAGCUUAUUGUACAUCAACAAACACACAUCAGGGAGAAAGCAUUUAAGUGCAUGGAAUGUGGAAAGACCUUCAGUUGCACCAGUAACCUUACUAAACAUCAAAGAAGCCACAAAGGAGAGAAACCAUUUGCUUGCAUGGAGUGUGGAAAGAGCUUCAUUGUGAGCAGUCAGCUUCUUGUACAUCAGCAAACACACAUUGGGGAGAAAUCAUUUAAGUGUAUGGAGUGUGGAAAGAGCUUCAGCGUGAGUAGUCAGCUUAUUAUACAUCAACGAACACAUACAGGGGAAAAACCAUUUAACUGUAUGGAGUGUGGAAAAACCUUCAGUUGUAGCAGUAAUCUUACUAACCAUCAAAGAAGCCACACACGGGAGAAACCACUUAAAUGUAUGGAGUGUGGAAAGCGCUUCAGACAUAGGGGAAACCUUACUACACAUCAACAAAUACACACAGGGGAGAAGCCAUUUAAAUGCCUUGAGUGUGGAAAAAGGUUCAGGAAAAGCAGUGCACUUACUAUACAUCAACGAACCCACACAGGUGAGAAACCAUUUAAAUGUAUGGAAUGUGGAAAGAGCUUCAGGCAGACUGGUAACCUUACUGUACAUCAAAGAACCCACACAGGAGAGAAACCAUUUAAGUGCAUGGAGUGUGGAAAGAGCUUCAUUGUGAGUACAGAGCUUAUUGUACAUCAACAAACACACACAGGGGAGAACCCAUUUAAGUGCAUGGAGUGUGGAAAGAGUUUCAGCCAGAGCAGUAUACUUACUGUACAUCAAAGAACCCACACAGGUGAGAAACCAUUUAAGUGCAUGGAAUGUGGAAAGAGCUUCACCCAGAGCACUAUACUUAUUGUACAUCAACGGACCCACACAGGGGAGAAACCAUUUAAAUGCAUAGUUUGUGGAAAGAGCUUCAGGGAGAGCAGUAAACUUACUGUACAUCAACGAAUCCACACAGGGGAGAAACCAUUUAAAUGUAGCAAGUGUGAAAAGAGCUUCAGCCAGAGAGGUCAUCUUACUGUACACCAAAGAACCCACACAGGAGAGAAACCAUUCAAGUGCAUGGAAUGUGGAAAGAGCUUCAGCCGGACAGGUCAUCUUACUGUACAUCAAAGAACCCACACAGGGGAGAAACCAUUUACAUGCAUGGAGUGUGGAAAGAGCUUCAGGCAUGGUGGUAAACUUACUGUACAUCAACGAACCCACACAGGGGAGAAGCCAUUUAAAUGUAUAACAUGUGGAAAGAGGUUCAGGCAGAGCUAUAAACUUACUGUACAUAAAAGAACCCACACGGGGGAGAAACCAUUUAAAUGCAUGGAGUGUGGAAUGAGGUUCCGUUGCAGCAGUAGCCUUGCUAAACAUCAAAGAAGCCACAUUGGGGAGAAACCCAUGGAGUGUGGAAAACACUUCAGAGAUAGGGAAACCAUUACUAAACAUCAACAGACACACCCAGGGGAGAAACCCUUUACCUUUAUGGAGUAUGAAAAGAGUGUCAGCCAGAGCUGUAAACUUACUGUAUAUCUAAGAACCCACCCAGGGGAGAAACCAUUUCAUUGUAUGGAGUGCUGAAAGAGCUUGAGCGUGAGUAGUCACCUUACUGUACAUCAGUGAACAUGGAUGGGAGAAACCAUUCAAGUGCAUGGAAUGUGGAAAGAGCUUCAGCUGGACAGGUCAACUUGCUGUACAUCAAAGAACCCACACAGGGGAAAAACCAUUUAAAUGCACAGAGUGUGGAGAGAGCUUCAGUGUAAGCAGUGAGCUUUAAUCUACAUCAAUGAACACGCACACGGGAGAAACCAUUUGAAUGUAGCGAGUGUUGAAAGAGCUUCAGCCGGAGAUGUCAUCUUGCCGUACAUCAUCCCACAUGGAGAGGAUCCAUUUUAAAUGCAUUAAGUGAGGAAAGAGUUUCAGUGUGAGCAGUGAGCUUUAUUCUACAUCAACAAACACGCACAGGGUAGAAACCAUUUAAAUGCAUCGUGUGCGGAAAGAGCUUCAGCCAGAGCAAUAGCCUUAUUUUACAAUAAAAAGCUUCCAUCAGAAUGAUCAUCUUACUGUGCGUCACGGAAUGUGCCCUGGAGAGAAAACAUUUAAAUGCAUGGAGCGUGGUAGGAGCCUAAGCCAGAGCAGUAGCCUUCAUUUACAACAAAGAAUCCAUACAACUGGGGAACAAUUUAAAUGCACUAAGUGUUGAAAGAGCUAGGCAGAACAAUCCUACAUCGAGGAUAAGCUAGGCUGAAGUUACACUGGCUUCAAGUACGCCAGAUCCUAACUCCAUUCAGGAGCCCUUUGGAGGAGAGAAUGCCUGCUCAGCUGGAAGAACCCAAUGGAAAGAAAAGGAGCAAAAUAUUGUGUGUUUUUACUUAGAUGACUUUUUCCCAGCUUAACUUAUGCUGGGAUUGAGGCUCACAGGAGCGAGCUGAAUGUGUGUAGGAUAAAGCAUAAGUAUCCUCCCCCUUAGUCCAGAUCCAACACACCGCAGGAAUGCCCCUUUUUGAGGGACUUGGGCUGGCUUAAUUUACAGCUGUCUCAGUCGAACCAGCUGUGCCCCGGUUGAUCUGGUUUUGGACAGGUUAGCCAUGGCUGAGCCAGGAUGAGGGACUCAUACCGUCAUAGCCUGGCUGAGCUGGGAUCCAGCCAGAUCAGCUGGAGAUCUGCCAUAUCCUAAUACCCCUCAGCCUGGUGUGAAUCCUUGUAGGCUUGUGCCCUUAGUGUAAGCAGUAGCUUUACUAGAAAUCACAGAACUCCAUUCAAAUGCAUGGAAUGUGAAAAGACCUUCAGUGUGAGCCUUACUUUAAAUCUUUAAACUAGAGGACUGGAUGAAUUCAGGUGGGCCAGUGUAGAAUUUAGCAAUGUUGGGUUUGUAGUUAAUUUAAUCUUGCGGUUUACAAAGAUUAAAGCCCUAUACACCUUAGGAGCAAGAUUCCGAAAAGAUCAUCUCACCUCUUCUAUACCCAACCAAUAAUGGACUCUUCCAUGUACUAUCUCAGGAGGAGGUCCAUUCUGUAUGGCAUAGGAACGUGGUCUUUAACGUGGUGGCACCUACCCUUUGGAAUUCCCUCAGUUUAUCUAUCAGGCAGGCACUUUCUCCACUUUCUUUUGUGGCCUAUUGAAGACCGAGCUUUUUCAACAAACCUUUUUAGUGGAGACCUUUAUCCCAGUCUGUAUUCGCAUCGGUUUUUAAAAUGUUUUUAAUUGUUUUGAUGCAUGUAAUGGUUUUUGUUUUCAUUGUUAAGUGUUUUGAGAUAUUUUAUGGGAAGUGAUUAA